GUAUGCAUGCCGAGGGUUAAUGAAAGUUUACCUCUUACACCAUCCAACACACAGUGAAGCCAAAAGUACAACUCAACACCUCAGUCCCUGUGGCUAGAUUGGGGAUGAGUGUCAAUGUUACAUGCACCGCCGAGAGCUACCCACCAGCAAACACUAUAGCAAACUACCUAAUGAGGCAUCCAAGAGAUCAGGAAAUCACUACUGUUCUCCUUCCUGGGAAGAACGGUGUAGUCCACAUUGUAUCUGGAGCCAGUGAGAAUGAUUCUGGAGAGUAUGAGUGUACAGUGACUGUGACAUUGGAUGAGUACUCUACACCACUACAGAGUGACACUGCCAUUACCAAACUUACAGUUUAUGAUCCCCCAAAGAUAUCGGGCACAAAAGGUUUCACCAUUUCUGCAAUCGGGCAAUCUGCCAUUCUUGAGUGUAAUAUCAGAAGCACUGACAGUGAGGACUUUGUCACCUGGACAACCAGCUCAAACAGAACUCUAAAUGAGACUCACAUCACCAUAAUCAACGGACAUGCGUUUUAUUUACUUCUCUAUGAUGCUGUUCCCGGAGACUACUUUUGCCAUGUCUUCUCUGCUCACUCUCCCGAGGAUAAGCCUGAGGAUAGCAGACGUGCUUCAGUUCUGAUGAAAGACUGCUCUUUACCUGAAACAGGAGCAACAAUAACAGAAGGUGUGGAAAAAAGGAUGGGUGAUGAUGGCAUCGCCUGCAUUGUGUUUGCUGUUUUCGAGAGUAUUGCACUGUUAAUAACUUGGUCAGUAAUUGUAGUGUGGGGGCUAUGUAAAGUUAUGCGGAAAUCAAACAAGCAUCGUUUCAGACAGUCACCAUCACUAUCAAGACAUAAUGGAGAACAACCUAGUAUUGAGUCAGGGAUAGGCGUUCAAGAACCUGGUACUGAGACACAACAACCUUCUCGUGGGCCUGUGGAAGUUACUGUCAGUGACCAGCAGCAGCAUUCCGUCACCAGUGAUGAAAAUAGACGCGAAAGAAUGCCGAGUUCUUCUAGCAACAGACAAGAAAUGGAGGAUCAUGUUAGCAAGGAAGAGCAUCAACCAGAACAAAAUAUAGAGCCACAAUGUCGAAAAAGAGGUGACCUUACAAAUAUGUCGGAGUCAGAGCAACUUGACAGCAGGAAAGAUCAAGCAGUAGGAACAGAUUCAGCCAAUAAAGAACGUUCUGUGCAGGAAGCUGAACCUUCUCUAGAUGGCAAUUCAAAACUGCCCCAAACCUCUGAAAAUAGCAUUCGGGUGAAGACUCGUGCUCGCUCUGGGAGCAGCUCCAGCACGCCUCGUCGCAGUAGCCUUUCUCUUCGAAUCCCACCUAGGAAGAGCGAUAGUAAAGAAGAGAGAAAGAGUUUGAUUAUCCAGGAGGGAGAUAAUAGUCAUGAUGAGGGGGUGCCUGAUGAAGAGAACACAGGAAAACAAUAACAGAGAGUUUACUAUGUGACGAUAGCUUAAUUUUAAUGUGUUAUACAAAUGUUGUAGCUAUGCAUAAUGUUUUUGAACUUG